AACCACAUGAUUCCACAUGACUUGCGGUAAAAAGCAAAGAGCAAUUCAUCGGCACAGUAUUAGCCUUUUUAUUUACUUGUGUGUCUGAAAAAUGGUAGUUUUUGAAAGGCUCUUAACACUAGUUCUUAGGAUUUUCUAACCACAAUCUGAUGCGGAAACAUAUCAUCUUCGUGUCGAGGAUAUUGGAACUAAUCCAGAUAUUUAUCCAUGUGUGAAUCGUCGUUGAAGCACAUAUUCUGCAUAUCUAAUAGACCGUGAACUCAAUCGAAGCUAAAGGCUGCAAAACAUAGGUGUCUUUAUGUCCUAAAGUCGUGUUUACUCUUACUGGAAGUUGAUUUAAUCAUUCUUCUCCGAGAUGUGUUCGUUUUUAUCGCGUUUCCUGAACAAAAUCACACGAACAAAAGUCCAAGACGAUGAAGACGAAGAUGAAAGCAGAUUAGACUUUCUAGACGAACCUGGGCGAAUAUCCGUGCUACGAUCUAUUGAGCUUUUGCUUGGCGCUUGUUUCAAUUCUGCUAUCUUCAUUGUGAUUGGGAUUUCUGUGAAAUGUAUUGCGGGACCAGCUAUGGUGCUGUCUGUCAUACUGGGCGCUGUCUUCAGUUUCUUAAACAAUCUGUCUCUGUGUGAACUGUGUUGUCGUUUUCCAACAAAGACAAGUUAUUAUGCGAUCAUAUAUGACAAUGUUGGUGAACUGUGUGCCUUUGUUAAUGCCUGGUUCAAAAUUAUGCAAGCGAUUUUUAUGGUUUCUAUAGUGAGUGUAACUGUAGGGGAAUAUAUAUACUAUCUGGCUCAGCCACCGCCCCAUCUUUCAUGGCUGCCUCCUCACAAGAUGUGGGCAGAAAUCGAAUAUGAUACUUUGGUAUUCACUGUUGUAUUUCUGGUUGUGUUAUCCUUGAUUAUCAUGGUUGGAUUACCGUAUUGUACUGGCUACCUGACAGCAUUAUUCUGGAUCAAUUUAGCUUCAUUUGCAUUCAUGUUUGUUCUCAUUUUAUCAUAUGCUGGUUCAUUUCACUGGAUUGUUCCAGAAAACUUCCAACCAUUCAACAUUACUGGCACUGUCCAAGGAAUUGCCAUCACCAUGUUCUUCUUCACACACCUUGAUAGAAUUGUCCAGCGAACAUCUCAGUACAAGAUCACAGACUAUGUUGUGCCCGUCUCAGUUGGUGUGUCGACAUUGUGUGUCUUUGUUUACUACCUUUGUGCAACCAUUUUUAUUGCAAACUUGAUCCCGAUGGGAGAAAUUGUCUUGGAGGCAACAAUUCCCAAAGCUUUCGCAAGUGCAACAUUUCAUGAAGUCAAGUAUAUUUUAGCAUCAAUAGGAUUUGUCAUUUUCGUGAUUACUAUAAUAGAAGCGUUCUUUGGUGCCCAAAAUACACUAAAUCUCCUAGUGGAAGAUGGAUUAAUGCAUCACUGGUUCUCAAAUUCAAAGAAGAAAACCUCUUUUUUGUCUGUGGUAUUAAUUACGCUUCUCUCAAUACCUUUGUUCAUUUCUCUAUCAGUCACAAGUCUUGUGCAAGGAUUUUGUAUUUCAUCAUUAAUCAUAACACUGAUUAUAAACUGUACAACUCUUGUGGUUCAGUAUCUGCCUAGUGAAGGAUCUCAAGAGGUAACGUCAGCUUUUCCAAAUUGGGAAUGUACGAAGGCUAUGAUCAUCCGGUUUUUGUUGUGCUUUGGUUAUAUCACCCACAAGAAAGUGCUUUCAACACUUGGUGUCCAGAUACAUCCUGAGCCAACAAAUCAGACAAGCAAACUCGUCAAUUGGUGUGUUGUUAUGUAUGUUCCAUCGUGUAUUGGUCUUGCAUUGGCUAUGAUAUAUGGCUUACCAGGUCUGGGGGAGAACAAAUGGGUAGUGUUAGGAGCUAUAAUAUUCCUAAUUAUUACAAUAUUUCUCAAUCUCCGUAUGAUUCUCAUCCAGCCACGAGGAGAAUCCUUGAAUUUCAUUAAAAAUGAUAUAUUUGCCUCAUUAAUUCCACUGGUAAAUAUUGGCUUAUCAUGCAUUCUUCUGGUGACAUUGGAUUGGCAAGCUUUCGUAGCUGUUGGUGCAUGGCUUGUCUUGGGUCUGUUAGUUUAUUUCCUGUUCAGCUUCACCCACAGCAACAAAGCUGUUUUCAACCGAAUUCAAGAGCUGGAUGAUAGUUCUCCUGGACGUGUGAGAUUUGAUUCUCCACCUCAACUAUCCACACGUUUAAGAAAUAUUCAACCUGAGAACACUGAUUCACAGCAAUAUGUAUUUUCUGACGAUACAGAACUUUUGGAUUUUCCUCAGAAUAGAUAAUUUGCACAUGUAGUUUUUCAUAGUUUCUUGUAGUAAAAAUAAAAUAAAUGAGGAAUGGGUGAAUGAAGCAAAUAUUUGCAGUAUUUUUUAUAUUUUAGGCCAGGUGUGCCCUCAAUAUUUUUCAGUUCAAAUAUUCCAUGCACUUUACAGAUCAAGGCAAUGCACUAUUAAUUUUAGUCAAUUUGAAUAUGAACUCAUCUUUUAUGUAUUUGUAUGGAAAUGUAUUGCAUGUCUGCUG